AAACCAACAAACAACCAAAUAAAAAAUAAACAACAACCAACAUUAGGCAAACGUUUCAAGAUCGGCGAAGAAACAGCAGCAGCAGAAGGCGGAGGAGCUCCAAAAACACACAUCCUUGCUGGCCAAAAAAUCGUGAGACAGCGGAUAUAUUCCUGGGGAAUAUACCGGCAAACAAGGACCGCCGCUGUCCUUCCUUUUCACUCAGUCAGUACGUCCCCGAAAAAACGAAACUUUUUUAUAUCUUUUUGUAUAUGUGUGUGAGUGUAUGAGUGAUCGCAAGUACAUGAAAGCCAGAAAUCUCCGAUUUCCAAACUCCUUCUAAGAUAAGCUCAAGCCGAGGCAGAGAGAUUUGCAGCUCAAGAUAGACCCCUGAUAUGGUAUAGCGAAGUAUGUUCAGUGUCGAUCAACAAAAACCGAUUCAAAGCGUUUUAACACAAAAGUCUGCUGGCAGCAAUCAACUUUAAGCCAAAAUUAUCUCAAAUCUUGAACGAAAUCGUUAAUAGAAAAGAAAUUGCAUUCAACUAUCAUCAGGAUUUUCCACUGUUUCAUUUUGUGUUGUUGACUGAUGCUGAGAUCAAAGAUAAAAGACCAAAUUCGAUAAGGCAAAGCAAUUCUCCCACACAACAGAGUAUAUAAUAAUAAUAAAAAUAAUAAUAACAAUAAUAAAAAAGAAGAAAGAAAUUAAUUAUGAUUAAAACAUACAUUUGAUUUCAAUAAGUGUGCGCUAGAUAGAAUCAUAUAUAUAAACGGAUAACAUUUGAUUACCUUCGUCGGUGAGUGUCUAUCCAAUCAAUCUAUAGCCUAUAGGAACCAUAUAUAUACCACAAGGUUUUAUACUGAAUUUAUUAAAUUUUGGGUAAGGGCGCAGUGCGCAUCGAAUGGCCCCAUCAAGAAAAAAAGCAUCAACACCAAAACUCAAUAUGAAUUAAUAAAAAAUAACAUAAGCAAGUGUUUUUUUGUCGCAUAUAAAUAAAUUUACAUAUUUACACAUACGUGACGAGAAGUUAAUGCAAAAGUAAUAUUAAAAUAAAGACUUGAAUUUCUCAAAGAAAUAAAUAUUUAUACAAGAACAAGCGAAGAAUAAGAACAACAACAAGAAAAACGGACUUCCAACGAUUUCAAAAUACGACGAAAAAUACGAAAUAUGAAAUAUUUUUAGAGCAAAAGGGCCCUGCAAACAAAGUAUGUGGUUAUGACUAUGACUAAAUCUACGCAAAUCGGUUAACAAUAUAUUUGCCAAAUCUAACAUAUGUAUUGAAUCAAAAACCAAAAAAACAAAUAAAACGGAAAAAAACACCGCAUACUUAAUGACAAAUUGACAAAUUGAACGUCGAGCUACCAAGAAUUUAUACGGAAAAUAAAAGGCAUCACAAGAAGGCGGAGCAGGAAAAGUGCAAAAGCGGAUUUAUUGGAAAAGCUGAAGGGGAAAAAUCGAGAUCAACGGAGAUCAGCUGUAAAGUGAUAUUUUAUAAACCCAGAAAAUAUCAGUUAAGGACAACGACUUAUAAGAUUGAGUGAAAACGAGCGAGCAAUCGAACAGCCAUCAUUUAUCAGAGAAAAGAAACGGAUCACCGAAAAAGAGGGAUUUUUUAACCGCAGGGGGAAAAGCAAACAGACGAGGCAAAAAAAAAGAAGAAAUAGGAAGGAAAAGUCAACAAAAAACCAAACACCACCAAAUAAAACCAACUACUAUUAAUUUAAAGCAAACAUUAACGAAUAAUCAUAUUCAAGCGGUAUAUACAUAUAUAUACAGAGGAUAACGGAUAACACAACUAACUAAAUAUAUACAUAUACAUAUAUAUAUAUGGUAUAUGAAUGUAUAUUUGAAAACCAAAGCUAAGUUCCAGUCAAAGAUAAAACCAAAAACCAGCGCAAAUUUAGUAAAAGUAUAAUAAAACGGAAAAAAACCAAAUUAUUGCUAUCUUUUUGCAUUUUUGCAAUUUUAUAUAAAACCAAAAACAAAGAAAACAAAAAACAAAACCAAAAGACCUACAACUAAAGAUCAUAAUAAUCUUUAACAUUCGGAGAAGCAAAAAUAGGAAGUAAACACAUUUAGCAAAAUUUACUCUUUUAUCUAAACGAAAACAAAAGAAUACCAUCAAAAUAAACAAAUAAAAAAAACACAAAUCAAAGUAAGACAUAAUUCAAGUCAGACAUAAAUAAAUUUUAAACGUUUUAGACAGAGAACGCUCUAAACAUAACUUAAAAAGCAAAUACAUUUUUUUCGCGAUCGUAGUUGAUCUAAAACCCCCCAAAAAAGCCCCCAAAAAAGCCGGAAUAAAAUCUGCGAAAAAAAGUAACUUUACGCGGGACUUGUGCAAAGCGCUAAAAAUCCCCCCUCCAAAACAAACGAAUAAGGAGCUGCUCUAACUUGUAAGCGAAAACCAACCAAGCAGUGAGAUUAGCUACUAACCGAACAAAAAAAAAAAAAGCCGGACUAAAUCAGGACAGGAUCAGAACCACAAUCACAAUGACCAACGCCAUGGACAUAGUGAAGAACGGCAGUGCCAACGGAUCCGUGGAUGGCAGCAAUGAUGAGUCGCGCACCAAUUUGAUUGUCAACUAUCUGCCGCAAACCAUGACGCAGGAGGAGAUGCGAUCGCUCUUCUCCAGCAUCGGUGAGCUCGAGAGUUGCAAACUGGUGCGUGAUAAAGUCUCAGGUAAUUUGGUCUUGCCAGCAUCGUUGACCGCUCUCAACCCGGCACUGCAGCAAGGUCAGAGUCUGGGCUAUGGCUUUGUUAAUUACGUCAGGGCCGAGGAUGCUGAGAAGGCUGUGAACACCCUGAACGGUCUGCGUUUGCAGAAUAAGGUUAUUAAAGUAUCAUACGCCCGUCCAAGCUCAGAAUCUAUUAAGGGUGCUAAUUUAUAUGUAUCGGGUCUUCCGAAAAAUCUAUCACAACCAGACUUGGAGGGGAUGUUUGCAUCGUUCGGCAAAAUAAUUACAUCUCGUAUACUCUGUGAUAAUAUUUCUGGUCUAUCGAAGGGCGUCGGCUUUAUACGCUUCGAUCAGCGCAACGAAGCCGAGCGGGCCAUCCAGGAGCUGAAUGGCAAGACCCCAAAGGGAUAUGCCGAGCCGAUCACCGUCAAGUUCGCCAAUAAUCCGAGCAAUAGUGCCAAGGCCCAGAUUGCCCCGCCCCUAACCGCCUACUUGACUCCCCAGGCGGCAGCGGCCACUCGUCGUUUGGCCGGAGCUCUGCCCUCCGCCGGUCGCAUUAGCAUUGGAAAGAGUCCCAUGUUAGCGAUUAACAAGGGCCUACGAAGGUACUCACCGCUGGCUGGCGAUCUAUUGGCCAACUCGAUUUUGCCGGGAAACGCAAUGACUGGAUCCGGAUGGUGCAUAUUCGUCUAUAAUCUGGCCCCGGAAACCGAGGAGAAUGUGCUGUGGCAGCUGUUCGGUCCAUUCGGAGCCGUACAGUCGGUGAAGGUGAUCCGGGAUCUGCAGACCAGCAAGUGCAAGGGAUUCGGAUUCGUGACCAUGACCAACUACGAUGAGGCCGUGGUGGCCAUUCAGUCGCUGAACGGAUAUACCCUCGGCAAUCGGGUGCUGCAGGUCAGCUUUAAGACUAACAAGACCAAAACCACUUAGGCGAACCAGCCGCCAAUCUGGACUAGACCUUUCCAAUACUCCACGAUCUGUUUGAUUUAACAACACCUAGACUAUAGAUUCAUCUGAUCUGAUCUGAUAAGAUAUAUGAUAUGAUAUGAUAUGAUAUGAUAUAUGACAAAGACAGUGUAGACGAAAUUGCGAAAUUUAGCGCGAGUUUAUGAUAUGCCUAUCAUUUGAUUUGUACGCUAAACGAAAUUAUUAUGAUUGUAAUUCUAAUGAAAUCUUAGUGAAAAUUGAUUUAUUUCCCUCUCUAUAAUUUAAUUUUAUUAACUAAUCCAAGAAACGAAAAAAAUACAAAAAAAUACUAAAAAAGAAAAAAAACAAACAAACAAAUAAAGCUUGAAUGAGGCAUCCAAAAAACACAACACAGAAACUAAGGAGAAGUUUAGAAAAAAAUGUGAGGUGAGCCAGACAACUGUCUAUAAAUUGACAAAUGGGAAAGAAAUAUGAGAAGGUAAUAGGGUCAAAAGAUAAAAAACAAAAAAACGAAAAAUAAAAAAUAGAAAACCGGAAAAAUAUGAAUGAAAAUGAUCUAAGUCGCAAUAUAUAGUAACUAUUUUUUUUUUUGAAACUUAUGUAUAUGUAAUUCAAUUCGAUUAUAUUCAAUUAAACAAAGUAUUUAAACAAGCUAACCAAAUGAUUUAAUGUCUAUUGAUUUAGGAAUUACCAACAUAACUCUCUCAGCUUACCUAAGUACUUAUUAUAAUGGAUACGCAUAAAUAUAUUGUAUUGUAUUGUAUUGUAUUUUGUGUUCGUUUUGCAAAACCUAACUUACAUUACAUUACAUUAAUUCUAGUGCUAUUCAGCUCUUAUAUUUAAUUCGAUUCGCCUUGAUUUACACUCGAAGACGAAACGGAAAUCAAAGAUAAAGCCGCGAUAUAUCCUCCAAACGUAACAACAACAACAAAAGUCCCCAAAGCACCCAAAACACACUCACUUGUAACCAUUAUUAUAUAUUAUAUAUGUAACCAGAUUUAAAUAUCUUUUUUUCGUCGUCUAAGAUUCGUAUUCGUAUUCGUCAAGUGCAAACCAAAGUAAAUGAAACCAAGCAAACUUAUUAUAUUAUAUUACAUUAUAUAUUAUUACGCCUACUUAUUAUUCCAUUUUUAUAAUUAUUAUAACUUAUUGAAUGCAACCAAGCGAAACCAAACAAAAGGCAAACAAAAAAACAUAACUACAACUAAAAAUAUAUAUUUAUUAUUAAAUAAAUGUGUGACUUAUUCCAAAAACUAUGCAAAAAAAAAAAUGAAAAAACACAAAAAACUAAAACACAAAAUUUGUUUUCUUUUUUCCCCCCAAAUAUCUACACACACACACGCACACCUAAACUAGAGCUGGCAAGACUUCGAUCGAUCUUAAGUUAGAAUCGAUUGGAUUUCUUGGAGGCCACAGUAAAAGUUCGUUUAUUCUAUACCAUCUUCUUACAAUAAUAAGAAUAGUCUUGAUCGUUUCGAUGACACCAUGAAUUUACUAGCGAUGGCUUGCCAGCUCUAAUCUGUACCCACCUGAAAAUUGGCAAUACAGCAGGCAGAACGCUUUCGCAGUUGAAGUGAUCAGUAAAUAAUUGAAUCGGAAUUGGAUUGCAGAUAAAUCGUAAUAUGGCCAGCUAAAACCGCAACUUCAGCCGUGUAAAUCGAUCCACACCACAAAUACACAACAACAGCACUCGCAUUUAUACAAAUAUAUAUUUAAAAUACAGAUUAAGUUUCAAAGCUCUCUAACGUAUAACUAAGUUUUUAACUAAGUUUUACGCCUAUAUAAAUAAAUAUAUAAUCAAACACGAACUAUAUGUACGCGCAACUAUAUUAAUUCAAUUAAAGAUUGUUUAUUCGAUUUUUCACUUCAAUAAUCUUGUUUUCAAAUCCGAGAUCAUUUAGUAGAGUCUACCAACAAUCAAUGUGUGUGUCUGUAGUUUAACUUAUGACAUUCUUAGGAAGCAUACAAUUUUUUUUUGUGUAUUUAGGGCUGAAAGGUCAGGCCACAUCUACAUGGCAAUGGGCCAUAAGGCGGAAAACCCUAAAAAAUAAUAAAUACAAGAAAAAAGAAAAACAAAUCUUAAGCUAAAAAAACGAAGAAAAUCCAAAAGAAAAGAACUCAAGCAAAGAAGAAGUUGCGAAGGCAAAUUGAAAACACCAAAUUUUUAAGUAUAUAACAUAAAUGAUGUAAAAUUUUUUAAACAAAGAUUUAUAGUAAAAUUUAUUAAGGUAUUAAGUAUGUAUAACGAUAUAUACAAAGUACACAAGGAUAAGAAAAUCAAGAGAAACCACUGCGGAAACGCGAAAUUCAAUGGAAUAUGAGCAAAUUGAAAUGUGAAAUACAUUAAAAAAAUACCUAAAAUUACCUAGAAACGCGACAUCAGCAAGAGACCGGAAGUCAUCGAUGGACAACUGCUUGCAAGCAGUGCGGUCCAUAUCCGGGCUAGCCAAUGCAAGCAGUUUUACCAUUGGGACUGAGAACAGAGAUUAAAAAUGAACAGGUCUCCGAUUGCUGAUUCGUUUUCCACUUCCCGGCGACUAGUUAAACUACUCAAUACUCAAUAUGACAUAUGGAAUAAUCAAGUAAUCAAGUAAUAUCCGCAAAAUAACCGCCGCAACGCUGCUGCGCAGGCGCGUGUGUCAUUCACAAAAGCAAUAUGGAGAUGUGGCACGAGUUGGCUGUUUUGGCCCACGCUGACUUACUAUAUAUAUAUAUACACAUAUAUAUAUAGUAUACGGAAGGCGACUAUAUGACGCAGUUGUACAAAUCGCAACUCAGCGACUCGGUCACAUUCAUACACGGCUCAUACGCCGCCACUUACAAUUUACCCGAAAAAAAAACAUAAAUGAAUAAAAUCAUCCAUAUUAACCGAAGCGUAUAAGUUUAAAAUUCAGCUAAAUAAAAGCCGAAAAUAAAAGAAAAUACACACAAAACCACACACCGAUCAGUUGGCGACAGUUCUUCGAUAUUCAUUUUAGCAAGUAAAAAAAUAAAUUAAAAACAGCAGAAUGCAAAAACUAUAACUGAACCCAACAAUGAAAAUCAUCAACUAAGCAUGAAAUGCAUUUAAAAAUUAAACACAACAAAUACAUAUUUAUUUAUAUAUAUAUAUAGAUGUACAUGUCGUCUACUUGUAUGGCCAGGAUAGCGAAAAUAUGAAAUAUGAAAUAUUUAGCCCCCGAAAACAGAAUCGAAAACCGUAACAGAGCAACACCAAAAUGAAAAUGAAUUUGAGCCUAGAAAAUCGUAUAGAACGGCAACUCCAAAAGUAACAAACAAAAAUUCCAAACAAAUACCCGAAAGUGAAUGAAUGUAAAGCGAUUUUGAAACGCCUCCCGAAGCUACACCCGAAAAUCAACUUCCAACAUUUUUAUUGAUAUACACUAAAAUCUAGACACUUAAGGCGAUUUCAUCGAUACCAAAAUCUAAUCUAAGACGAGAUUCAGCAUGCAAGUUAGCAAAUAUGAAACUUCAAUUUAGUGUGUAAGCAACGAUAAAACGUGCGACAAAUUAUGCAAAACUACAGAAGUAAGCGAAAAAGCCAAAGAGCGUUAAUAUGCCAGAAAUUUCAAUAAAAUUCAAUGGUCGCCUGAGGCAGAAAACACGGUAAUCAGUGUUGAAUGUUGAAUUGCUUGCAACAUUCAAACAGUUAGUCUAAACAAAUAAGAAGAAAAACAAUAAGGAGAAGACAAGAAAAUAUACGUAGCCGCUUUGUCAGACGGAACGCGCCCAAACCAAACUAAGUAAAUAAGUAAAAAAAAAAACAAAAAUCGCAAGAAUAUUUAAAUCAAUUUUGUGCAUAAGAAAAAUCGAUAACCGUUAUAUACAUAUAUGUAAGCCAACUACAUAUGUGUGUGUGUGUGAGCAAGAAGAGAAGAUCACAAAUCAAAAUAAUUAUAAAAAUGCAAUUAAAAAGUCAUAACUCAACUUCAAACUUAAUUAAUUAUUAUCCAUUUGAUUGUGUAUGCUAAUUAUUAUUGUCUAUAGCGUAUCGUACAAAAUAUUAAUAUACUUUUUCGUGCAAAUCCAUGGGCCAGCACCUAUUUAUGCAUUACCCUGCGAUCGUACUUAUCCAAUUAGUUAACCAUAUACCGCAUACCCAUGUACUUACCUUACUUUUAAAUAUGCUUACUUACUCACAUUUCGAUAUUGUAUUCGUAGACCCUGAGUAGAACUAUUUCAAUUGAUUUGUACACCCUCCAAGUCACACAAUCCAAACCCGAAAACCCAAAAACCCGAAAAACCGCCCAUCAGCUUACGAAAUGCUCUAACUUAAUGUCAUGCAUACAACAAACGUAAAAUAUAUUGGAGGCCUGCAUCAUAAUAAAGUUUUUUCGAUCAAGGAUUCAUAAAGCAAACGCGAAUUCUUCAGCCCAACAAAUUUUCGUAAUUAUUGUAUAAUUUUCUCAUAAAUCUUAGUGAUUUAAUUCGCAGUGGAUUCCUGCAGGCUUCUAAUACAUCUAAAUGGAUAGGCGCAUAUUUGUAUGUAUUUACCACAAAUAUAUCUAACUAACACAGAAACAAAACGAACCGAUCACACUUACACACACUCACACUUACACUCACACAGUGAAGGAAAUGAUAACGAGGUGACACAAAUUUAGAUGCAUAUUAUUAUAUAACUUAUAUUGAAAAACCAAAGCGAUAAGAUGAAAACGUAAAUUUUACUAUACUCGUACAUAUAAAUUAUAUGAAUGUAUGUAAAUUAUUAUUAUAUUUGUAUUUUAUUGUAUGUAUUAGUUUUGUUCUACGCUCUUUUGCUCUUUCAUAAACAAAAAACCAAAAACAAAAACAACAAUUUUAAAACGAAAUCCAAACGAAACUUGAUAACAAAAACUAAAACAAAACAACAAAAAGCCGGCAAGCAAUGGUAUACAAAAUAA